GUCCGCAGCUUCCGCCGCCGCCGCGCUCGCGAUGGGCGCCCAGGACCGGCCGCAGUGCCACUUCGACAUCGAGAUCAACCGGGAGCCGGUUGGUCGAAUUAUGUUUCAGCUCUUCUCAGACAUAUGUCCAAAAACAUGCAAAAACUUCCUAUGCCUGUGCUCAGGGGAGAAAGGCCUUGGGAAAACAACUGGGAAGAAGUUAUGUUAUAAAGGUUCUACAUUCCACCGUGUGGUUAAAAACUUUAUGAUUCAGGGUGGGGACUUCAGUGAAGGUAAUGGAAAAGGUGGAGAGUCAAUUUAUGGUGGAUACUUUAAAGAUGAGAACUUUAUUCUCAAACAUGACAGAGCGUUCCUUUUGUCAAUGGCAAACCGAGGGAAGCAUACCAAUGGUUCCCAGUUCUUCAUAACUACAAAGCCUGCUCCACACCUGGAUGGGGUUCAUGUUGUCUUUGGACUGGUUAUUUCCGGUUUUGAAGUAAUUGAACAGAUUGAAAAUCUGAAAACGGAUGCUGCAAGCAGACCUUAUGCAGAUGUCCGAGUUAUUGACUGUGGUGUGUUUGCUACAAAGUUGACAAAAGACGUUUCUGAGAAAAAAAGGAAGAAACCAACACAUUCAGAAGACUCGGACUCUUCUCCCAAUUCCUCUUCCUCUUCAGAAUCAUCCUCAGAAAGCGAAGCUGAACGAGAGAGAGUCAGAAGGAGGAGACGUAAGAGGAGGCCAAAGGUCAGACACAACAGGAAGAGACGGAAAGAGACGAGCGGCUCGGAGGAGCCAAGGAGGAAGCACGCCGUGAGCCCUGAAGGUUAUUCUGAGAGGAGUGAUGUGAAUGAAAAAAGAUCAGGUGACUCAAAUGCUAAAAGAGAAAAGCCUGUUGUCCGCCCAGAAGAGAUUCCUCCAGUUCCUGAGAACCGAUUUUUACUUAGAAGAGAUAUGCCUGCUAUCAAAGUGGAGCCUGAGCCGAACAUCCCAGAUGUUGCACCUGUUGUAAGUGAUCAGAAGCCAUCUGUGUCAAAGUCUGGACGGAAAAUUAAAGGAAGAGGCACAAUUCGCUAUCACACACCUCCAAGGUCAAGAUCCCACUCUGAGUCGGAAGAUGAUGACAGCAGUGAGACUCCUCCUCACUGGAAGGAGGAGAUGCAGAGGCUGAGAGCUUACAGGCCACCGAGCGGAGAGAAGUGGAGCAAAGGAGACAAGCUAAGUGACCCUUGUUCAAGCCGAUGGGAUGAAAGAAGCUUGUCCCAGAGAUCUAGAUCGUGGUCUUAUAGUGGAUGUUAUUCAGAUCUUAGUACAGCAAGACACUCUGAUGGUCACCACAAGAAACGCAGAAAGGAAAAGAAAUUUAAGCAUAAAAAAAAAUCUAAAAAGCAGAAACAUUGCAGAAGGCACAGACAGACGAAGAAGAGAAGAGUGGUUAUGCCACCUGACUGGGAGCCCUCAAGGUCUCCCACCCGCCGAGUGAAGUCCUCUUGUGAUAGAGAAAGGAGAUCCCGCGCUUCCUCCUCGUCCUCUCAUCGCUCGUCAAAGCAGGACUGGUCUAAGUCAGACAAGGAUGAGCGGAGUGCUUCAACCCGCUCAAGCAGGGGCACCUACAGAUCCAAGUCUCCCUCACGGUCAGACUCUAGAGGGAGCUUGCGAUCGAGGGCCUUGUCAAAGUGUUCAUCGCGGUCUCACAACCGAUCAAAGUCCAGAUCUAGUUCCAGGUCAGGGCACCGAAGAACAGCAUCAAAAUCACCCAAAAAACCCACUUCGCUGAGUGAAAAUAAGCCAGUUAAGACAGAACCUUUAAGACCAUCGAUGCCACAGAAUGGAAAUGUGCUGGUACAGCCAGUGGCAGCAGAACAUAUUCCUGUGAUACCCCUGAGUGACAGCCCGCCCCCUUCUAGGUGGAAGCCUGGACAGAAGCCCUGGAAGCCCUCUUACGAGCGGAUUCAGGAGAUGAAGGCCAAAACAACCCACUUGCUGCCCGUCCAAAGCACAUACAGCUUAGCAAAUACUAAAGAGACUGCAAGCGCAUCAUCCUACCACAAAAGAGAAAACAACUCAGAAAGUGAUGGGAGCGCUUAUUCAAAGUACAGUGACAGAAGCUCCAGGAGCUCAGGAAGGUCAGGGAGCAGGUCCUGUAGGAGCAGGUCGUCCUGCAGGCCCUACACGAGGUCACGCUCGCUGUCCAGGUCUCCGUCCUCUAGGUCUCGCUCACAGAAUAGGUACAGUGAUGGUUCCCAGCGCACUAGGUCAUCUUCAUACACUUCUGUUAGCAGCGACGAUGGACGACGACGACGGCGAGCCAAGAGGACACUCAGAUCCCGUGGGAAAGAAAGUGUCACUUCAAACAAAAGGAACCAUAGCAGCUCUGAAAAGACACUUGGCAGCAAAUAUGUCAGAGGCCGAGAGAAGUCCUCAAGUCACAGGAAGUACAGUGAAAGCAGGUCGUCUUUAGAGGACUCUUCAGACAGCGAACCGUCACGUGUUCAAGGAGUGCACUCAGUCCCAGAGAAGGAAGUCUUGAAUGAUAAGCCGGGGAAGGGCAGAGGAGAAGGACACGCCAGGCUUGAAUGGGAGUGUCCUCAUUCUACGAAGAGAGCUCUGACAGAGCGCCUUUCUGCUCACUCUAGAGACGACAGUAAGCCCAAAGGGAAGAGCUGUGCUGGGAGUAAGUGGGACUCUGAAUCAAACUCAGAGCAAGAUGUGACUAAGAACAGGAAGAGCGAUCCCCGGACGUGCUCCGAUAAGGAGGAGGGGGAAGCCUCCUCAGACACCGAGUCAGAGGUUGGUCAGGGUCACAGCAAAGCCAAACCCCCAGCCAGACCUUCAGCAGACACUUCUCUGCCUGACAGUGAUGGGGCCCGGAGGUCCAGGAGACCACGGUCUUCAGCUUCUGAGUCAGAGAGUUCCUGCUCCAACUUGGGGAAUGAUAGAGUGGAGCCUCAGAAGCAAAGACACCCAAAGGGUAGUCUUAAAGGGGAUCACACAAAAAAGGUGAGAGAGAAACUGAAAGCCAAAAAGGACAAAACCCGUAAGGCUCCAAAACGGAAGCCAGCGUUCCACUGGCAGCCUCCACUGGAGUUUGGUGAUGACGACGACGAGGACAUAAGUGGAAAGCAAGUUGCCCAGGAGCCAAAAGAGACCAAGCAUGCUUCUGACAAGUGUGAAGCUGCAAAAGACAGUAUUCCAAAGCCAGAGCAAGCCUGUGAGGAAAGCAGCUGUCCAAGCAAACCCAAAAGGGGUUCUUCAGAGCAGGGCCCACUUGCAGAGGGUGAGCAUGACCCCAGCUCUUGCCCUGUACCACCGAAAGUGCAGGAGAAUGCCACCAGCUACCCCUGUACCACCCAGCACAUUGAAGAGCAUGUCCCAGGCGGAGGGGAGGAUGUGCUUCAGACAGAUGACAACAUGGAGAUUUGUACCCCUGAUAGGAGUUCCCCUGCCAAGGGAGAGGGAGCAUACCCUUUAGCAAACCACAGAAUGGACAGCCCAGAGGUGAGCAGUGUUCCAGAGCAGGGUGAGCACAUGGCACAGCCCAGAGCAGGAGGGAAGCAAGAAAGCAGUAAGCCUGAAAGCAAAACCUUGGGUGAAGGUGGAAAACAGGACAGCUCUGCCAACUUGGCAAGCCCUGUAGAAAUUGCUGCAAAGACGGAGGGGGCUGAGAAGAACCAGAUGAACCUCACAGAUAAGUGGAAGCCACUGCAAGGUGUAGGGAAUCUGGCAGUGCCUGCUGCAACCACAUCCAGUGCUCUGGAUGUGAAGGCAUUGGCUACUGUGCCUGAAGUCAAACCACAAGGCUUGAGAAUAGAAAUUAAAAGCAAAAAUAAAGUUCGGCCUGGGUCUCUCUUUGAUGAAGUAAGAAAGACAGCACGCCUAAACCGGAGGCCACGGAAUCAAGAGAGUUCCAGUGAUGAGCAGACUCCUAGUCAGGAUGGUGAUAGCCAGUCCAGAAGUCCACACAGAUCGAGAAGUAAAUCAGAAACCAAAUCUCGACACAGAACAAGGUCUGUCUCCUAUAGUCACUCAAGAAGUCGAUCUAGAAGUUCCACAUCAUCUUACCGCUCAAGAAGCUACUCGAGAAGCCGGAGCAGAGGCUGGUAUAGCAGAGGCCGCAGCCGCAGCCGCAGCCGGAGCAGUUCCUAUGGAAGUUUCCAUAGCCACAGGACGUCCAGCAGGAGCAGGUCCAGGAGCACUUCCUAUGACCCCCGUAGCCGCUCCAGCAGAUCCUACACGUAUGAUAGCUACUACAGCCGCAGCCGCAGCCGCAGCCAGAGGAGUGACAGUUACCGUCGGGGUAGAAGUUACAAGAGGUGGUCCAGGAGCGGAAGAUCCUAUCGCUCAGACAGUGAAAGUGACAGAAGUUACUCUCAUCACCGGAGCCCCAGUGAGAGCAGCAGAUACAGCUGA